UAGAAUUACAAUUUUGAGUUUGCAUUCCUAUAUUCCCGCUUUAUAUACAUCACAGAAGACUGAAAUAUAGCAAAACUAUUGGACAGAGAAACACCGGAUUUCCGUCGUAAACAAAAAAACUUGAUUAAUGAUGAAAUKAUGAAAAAUAUUAAUAACAUUCCACCCAUGAGGCCAAAGAGGGGCUUUUGGUCAUUGACUGAAGGAACGGGCUACGAUACACCUAGCACUACUGUCAUUGCACAAGAGAUCAUUAUCACAUUCUACAGGUAUGUUGUGUCAAAACUGUUGCAUCACUGUUGCGCCUUUUCAGGAACCUCAGCAUGGGACCAAGGAUAAGGAUAUUGUGUUCUUUGCGUCUGGAAACAUCUCUAUGAGUAUUCACACUGAGAAGAUGGGAUACCAGCAAGGUGAGACAUUGGAAGUCACAGCACAUAUCACCAACAGCUCAACACGCACAAUCAAGCCCAUUUUCUACUUUUAUGAAAAGAAGAGUUUCUUUGCCCGAGGGGAAAGAAGAGUCGACACGCAAAACCUUGUGAAAGAAAAAGGCGAGUCUAUUGCUUCGUCCAGCAGACAGAUUGUGACCAAGCUCUUCACCAUCUCUGCAGAACUCACUCCAACCAUCCUCAACUGCCACAUACUCAAGCUAGAGUACAGACUGAAGGUUGCCCUUGAUGUUGCCCUGACUAAAAACCCUGAGAUCAAGCUACCCAUCAUUGUUCUCCCUGCAACUCAAGGUCUUGGGCAGGAACCCCCACCUUACACCUUACUCCCUAACAUUGAUGGGUCAGCCUCCAAGCAGCUAUAGGCACGCGGGAUCAAAUGAAAUACUACUCUCUUCUGAUGCAUAUUAAUCUAUCAAUGUACUGUAUACAGUGUAUUUAUGUGUAUGAUUUAACCGUAAUUUUGGUCCUUUUUUAAAUCUGAGAUUGCUAAAUGUGUUGUUKUUUUGUAUAUUAUUUAUUGUGUGCAUGUAAUGUUCACAAUUUCUCAUAUWAAAAUCAUUAUUUCUUUAUAUUUUCAUUAUUAUCACUAUAUGUCAAAUAUUUGGCAAACGCAGUUAAUAUUUACCGUGAACUAAUAUUCAAUAAAACCUAAGUGAAGGAGAAAAUCAUAUUGUUCCUGCACCCUAAAAAAGGUCCAGCGUUUAUUGAAGUCACGUUCUGACCCUAGUUCUUUUGUUAUUUCUUUGUUUUAGUGUGGUCAGGGCGUGAGUUGGGUGGGUUA